AGUUCCGAAUCGUGUCUUGUUAUUCUUUCAGAGCAAAGUCGGAGGGAUGACCUGGAGUCGUUAGGCUACAUGUUAAUGUACUUCAACCGAGGCAGUUUACCGUGGCAGGGCCUGAAGGCAGCUACCAAGAAACAGAAGUAUGAGAAGAUCAGCGAGAAGAAGAUGUCAACACCUAUUGAAGUCCUCUGCAAAGGAUACUCACCUGAAUUUGCAACAUAUUUAAACCACACAAGAAAUCUUCGAUUCGAUGAGAAGCCAGACUACUCGUUUCUUAGACAGUUGUUCCGCAAUCUUUUCCACCGAUUAGGCUACACAUACGACUACGUAUUUGACUGGAACAUGCUCAAAUUUAGCAAUGUACCAGAGAGGGGAGGCAAACCACACCCCCAGAAAGAGGCAGAGAGGAGAGAUCGAGAGGAACAUGAAAGACACCACCAUCCCAGGAGCUCAACAACGAGGGCGCUAGCAGGUACUGCCGCCACGGUCCGGCUAAGAAACCAGGAGCCCGCUGCAGUCGUCAACCCUGUGGCAGUCGGAGCCACAUCUCCCCGUCCAGUUUCGCGAGCUGAGCAGCAGCGCACCAACAACCGGCGCCUGGUGCGAGGUCUGGCCACCGGACCCACCAGCGCGGACCAGGUCCAACGUGGAGACUACGGCCGGCUGGCGACUCCUUACUCUGCUUUCAACGGUGCCACCAGUACUGGCAUGAAAUCGGCCGACGAGGGCGCUGCAAGAACGUCAUCGUCACGUUACAUACGCAAGUGAAAAAGGACACGAUGCUGUACAUAAAUGUUUUAAAAUGAAAACACAAAAGAUAUUUUAAAGAAAAGAUGGAGAGAAGACGAGAGCGUUGGCCACCCGCAAGAGGUGAGGUGAUGACGAGAUGUGCUCAACAUUGUCAUCAGGGAGAUGGGCCAGCCGUCCGGAUCCAAGGCCGCCAAUGACUUGUUGCAAUAGAGUUGCCUGAGCCAGAUUGGAUCCUCCGCGUCCCGCUGAACAUGCAUCAUGAAUGCUCGCCACAGAGAGACUGCGUCAGACAGAAAUGGCACGUCAUGUUCUAUAUUCAGCGGCCUCCUUGAACGUGGGAUACACUUCGCAUUUCUCAUAUGAUUUGAGUUUUUGUAUAUUUUCACACCCAAGUUUUUUUAGGAUGACGUUAAGAGUGAUGCAAGACAGACUGAAAUCAGAUUGCUUGAGGAUUGUAUGCCUUGACAACGAUUGACAGUUUCUGAAACAUGGUAUCGACCAAUUCAGUUUGGAGUAUACCGUAACUGCAGUUUUUAUGGUAAUUUUUAACUGGGGGGCUUUAAGUAUGCCCAAUGAAAGAUAAAUCAUGAACUGACAUAGCAACGCACCUGCCUCGUUGCAUAACCCAUUAAAAACGUUUUUGCUCUUAGGAAACCCCCCCUAAAUAUGACCACCAUAAGAUACAGUGCUCUAAAUUUCGAUUUAUUUAUAAUACAUGAUUUAGAGCUUACCUUAUGCAUCUUAUCCAUGCAGGCCAUUCCAGUUCUGAUAUAAGUUCAAAUGCGAAUGCCAAUGAUAGCAUGGCAGUCAAGAGUGCCCAUAGUAGGGAUAGGUAUUAGUAUUCCUUUCUCUCAUUCAUUACAAGUGAAUAAUUUAGUUGUGCUGGAUUCUGCUAGGUAUACAUCUUACACAGUAUUUACUGACUGCUCCAAUUGUCCAGACUGAUAUUUGGUGUAAAAUGGACUACUGCAUGAAAAUGGUUGCCAAUUUAAUGAUCACACAUGAUAGUGAUUAUUAAGAUACAUGUAAAUCAUUGAAUGAUAUAAAUAUGAAAAGGGUUUUAGAGAAUAGGAAGAUCAAUGUACAAAAACAUAUAUAUCUACCUAGUACGGGUGGUCUUAAUUAUGUUUGCCUGCCAUUGAAGAGUCUGGGUUCAAUCUGUGAGUCAUGUAUGAAUUCCAGGUUACAGAUGAGUGCCAAGAAAGUGGUUUUUGGCACAGUAUCAGCUGGAAUGAAUGGUAGACCAAGAUGUAAUGUGUUUAAGCACCAUCCAACUCCCACGCUUCUCCAGUUAAUAGACAUCUUGGCGUGCUUUUGAAUAUGAGAGGUUACGAGAAGUCAUUUCUUGCAUAGGUCUUUGAUUUUCUUUUCCUUCUUAAUUUGCUUACUUAUUCAAGCAUGCAAUUCAACAUGCAUAUGUACCUUUCAUCAGCAUAUGGCAUUAAAAAGUUAUCUUAAGUCCUCUGUUUUAUGGCAUUCUGGGAUUGUUUGUUUUUUCAAUUAACAAUGUAAUUAGAAUUUAGACAUUCCAGCUUAUGUGAAUUGGUUAAAAGCAUUGCAUAGAUGCAACUCAUCUGACAUGGCUGUUAGUAGUGUUAUUAUUGCAAAAAAACAAAAUGCCUGUUAUAGUUAUUUUUUCUCCCCCCCCCCCCCCCCCCCCCCCCCCCGUAAUGACAUUUGGCACAGGUGAAGAUAUGAGAAAUAAGAGUGUAUUACGAAUCUAUAUCAUUUUUCUCUUUAAUGCAGGGAUGGUUUUACGUGUCAGCAACUCUUUAAAUGUGAUGUACAUUUCACUGUAUAACGGUUGCUAUCUGUAAUGCACUAUCGAGAUGGUGGCCCGCACGGCACGACUAUAUGAAAUAUACAUUUCUAUAUCAAACCACUAUGUCCGAUGAUUAUCACACAUGUAUGUCCACAAGCAUUUGUUGAGCUGUGAAAGUGUUGUAGUCGUGAGCUAAAUAAGCUACGGCACUUUGAUUUCCCUUUUUAAUAUAGUAAUGUAUAGCUCUAAGACGUUAUAGAUAUGCACCGGGUAUUACUGGAACAACAUAGUUUAUUGAUUGUGAUUUGAUGUGACAAUAUGCAUUGGCCAUUCCCAUAACUUUUUGCACACAAGAGGCAUGGCCUGCAUGUCCUGUUGGAUUUAGGGAAGCUAUUUUUUAUGUAAAAGUAAUGAAGUAUGUGUACGUGCAUUUUUCUUCAUUGUAUAAUACAUGUAUAAGUGGCUGGCCACCAUAUAAAUUUCAUUCAAUUUUCUUGUCUUCAAACGGAGCACCCAAAGUCUACUGUCAACUUUGAGUAUUGUCUUGUAGUACAAUGAUACAACACAAGUAUGCAUUCAUCAUAUUGCAAUGCCCUUAUCGCAAUUUUUGUUUAAUUAUCGUAGAUGUAACAAAUGCAUGCCUACAUAUUUGAUGUAUCAUUUGUGAAACAUGGUUUCUGGACAUGUUGUGUGGGUGUAUAUUCUUAUAAAAUUGAUAACAUCUUGAGGUGGAAUUAAGUGCCACUAGGUACAACCCAUUUUCCAAAGGCAGUUCACAAUCAUGCGGCAUUAGUUUGCACAUCAAAAAGCUUUAGUUGUCAUAGUUUUUAAAUGACCACCCAGUAGACAUUCUGAAGAAAUAAUGCAGUCAUCGAAAAUUCAACCAUACAUUUUCAUAGAAAGUAAAAAUCAAAAUCAUCUACUGUGAAUUAUCUCUGGUCGAAGCCGAAAAGGUGCUGCUGACAUAUACGAUUAGUCACAUAUGUACUAAUAAUAGGUUUGUAAAUAAAAAUCACAAAGGCUUCCACUCUAAAGCAUGAAGCUGCAGCCACACCCACGAAACCGACACCAAACCGACCAAUGAUGCGCCAUUAGGAAUAACACAGUAGGAUCGUUCGGUCCGGAACUGGUUUCGCCGGUGUGACAGUGGCGCGAGUGAGUGAUGAGAGAAAGAGGGGGAUGAGAGGGUCCUGAUAGUAUGACAGCUUUCACCAAAUAUUUCUGUCUACACUUUCACAUUUAUGUAACCAAGCUGGGGGGUGUUACACAAAGAUUUAAGUAUGACUUAGGUCGCACUUAAAUGCCGACGCGUACAUGAAAUGCAACGCGCAAUCUUAUUGAUCAAUACGCAGUUGUGCGCGUCCUCUUGGCAUGAUUAUGACCAAUGCCGUCGUGCCUUUUAUACGGCACGCAACUAGACAUUUAAGUGCGACUCUUAGGUCAUACUUAAAUCUUUGUGAAACACCCCCUGGUAUUAUAAUCACUGUAUCUUCAAUUUGUAUAUACGGUCUUCUGGCAGAUAGCCUAAUUCUCAGACUCUGCAGGUCGUCUUAUACCUACAUGGCUAAACCUAUCAGUCUAAUCCCCUAAUUGACCUAAUACUUUAUAAUUUUGUCUCACUUUGUUAAAUGAAAUUUGGUUCAUAAAAAGUAUAUCUAUUCCAGAACACACAUUUCUUACAAUAAUAAAGGCAAAUUUUUUUAGUAAUGUCAAGCAUAUUUGGGGGCAAAUUUUCCUUAUUUUCCUGGAAUUGUUGCCCUUCUGCAGUUUUUUUCGGAAUAUCAGCACCAAUCUCCACUUUUACGCUUGCAUUUUCGUUAUAUUAAUGGCCGUCAGUGUCAAAUAUAUUUUUAAGAAUCUCAAUAUAUUUGAAUUUGCCAGAAUAUGUUUGAAUUUCAUUUUACUUUGGUCAUUUGUUAUACUUCAUAAUUAUAUCAGUGAUCAUUCAGUUGAUACAUUUGCUAUUGGGAUGGCCCCCACAGAUUUACAAUUUUCCCUUUGAAGUCUUUAAUCGAUAUACUGUGCUUUUGAUACAUUGCGAGGAAUGACCGGUAUACAUAUUUAUGUCAAAUUUAAUGAGAUAGUUGGUGUAACUGCAAAUCUCUGCCCGUUAUCAGUAAAUUUUGUGUGAUCUGUGUGUCCUGUUUUUUUAAUCAGCUGUAGCAUUUGGUAUGGUUUGCAUGUGUUUUCCCCCAAAACGCUGAAGGUUUAGGAUGGAAUUAUGAAAUUGUAUUGUGAGUAGUUCUUUUAAAUUAUUAUUAUUAGGUCAGGAAUUUUUAUUAUGUGUCCACCAUGAAUUGAGACAACUUCAGUCAAACUUGCAUGCGAUGUAUCCUGCAUAAAAACAUCGACAAAAUUUGAUUUACUUGGGUUAUGAAAAAAAUUGAAUAGAAGUCUUGUGAUUUCGUAGGAAGGAAGGUUUUUUGCGAUGUGGGUGCCAAAUUAGGGACAGUGAUUUCAAAAGCUGUUCUUGCCUGUUUCUGGAAAUUCGUAAUUCCGUUUCAAACUUGAUCUAAAAUGGAAAUUCUGUUUCGUCGUAAAAAAAAAUGUAAGAAGUAAAAAUAAUGAAUAAUAAAGAACCAACACAGAUUUUCCAUUUUGAUUUACUGGUACAUGAAAUAAUAAUAAUAAUGAUAUGUCCAUUUAUAUAGCUCAGUUACUAUGUGCAUAUACUCAACUGCGCUUUGAUACUUGGUAUCAUAUUAUUACCCCGGCUUUAGCUGAGCCGCCAUCUAAAUUAAGCGUUCAAGGAAUAAAUCCUACCGGGUACCCGUUCACCUCGCCUGGGUCGAGUGCAGCACGAUGUGGGUAAAUUUCUUGCCGAAGGAAAUUACGCCAUGGCUGGGAUUCGAACCCACGACCCACUGUUUCAAAGUCCGGAGACUAAUCCUCUGGGCCACAAUGCUCCACAAUGUAAAUGGAAAUCAGUAUCCCUACAAAUGCUAAUACUGAAUGGAGAGUAAUACUGCAGUCACACCAAUGAUACCGUCCCCAUAUUGACCAACGGUGUGUCAUUGGUAUUUAGUGAAGUAGCUCUUUUUGGUUCGGGGGUCAGUGUUACUAUUGUGACUGGAGCAUAAGGGCUUAUCGCCAUGUGAACUCUGAAUAGGAGAUCAUCUCUCAUUCAAACACAUGACAGUUUGUAGUUAGUAUUCCUUUCCUUUCUUACCAAUCUUUAAUGUUAAUGGGUAAGCUGACAUUUGCUAUGCAAAAUGCAGUUUUUUUACUCCGGGGAGCAAUUCUCCAUUCUCUACCAACGAGGUAUGGUACUCGGCAUGGGCGACUUCAAGUACAUGUGUAGUGUUGAAUGCUGUCGUUGAUGUUGGGUUCAAGCAAACAAUAGCCAUGAUAGCACCAGACAUGAAACCUAACAAUUGAUUGUGAAGCCGAUUUCUGCGAUUAAUUGCAUCGAUUAUUGUGUAUGAUCAAUCGUAAAAAGCAGCCCUGCGAUUAUUUAAAGCCUUGUUCAAAUACGAUGCGAUGAAGCUCAGCAUAAUUAUUUGUUGUGCUAUGACAGGGGAAGGCAACGCCCCACUCUGCGAAUAUAUGUGCAUUAGCCUCAGAGGAAUGGGGAUGUGCGUCAUUGCUUAUUGCAGGUUAAGGUGUGAAAAUGUCUUCAUCAUUCUUGGAAAGUUGAUAAUUUUUUUCUACUUUCUGAAAAGUUACAUUUAUAUUGCUUCUAUUUGGGGAGUUUAACGUGAACUACCAAAUUAUUGGAUUAUUUUUUUUGCCUCUAGGUAUUGCAGCUCAUGUGGUAGAAAGCGUAAAUGGUUAUCUGUUUGAAGUUUAAAGUGAAUGAAUACUGCAUGCCUGCAUAGAUGAGACUGAUAACUUAUUAGAUAAUCAAUAUUCUAUGAUUUUAUUUGUAUCUUUACAUGUUAGCUAUCAAUUCUAUCCGACUUCAGUGGCAUUCAUUUCCAGAUCUAGUUUGAUUUGUAGUGAUUUUUGGUGUUGUUUUUGUCCGUUUCUUUUUUUUUCUCUUUCUCUCUCUCUAGAUAUUUAAUCAGGAUGUUGACUGAAAUUUGAUGAUAGGGUUUUUAAAAAAUUUUGAAGGUAUUUAAAAGUGAGAGAAUGUUUUUGUACUUCCACUUCACCAUCACUACCACCAUUGUCAUUAUCAUCAUCACCGCCAUACUCGAAGAUAAUACAAUGAUAAUACACAAUUGUGUACAUUUUAUAUUUUAUAUGGUAUUACAUUGUACUCUACUUGAUUAGGCUUAUCUUUCUCGAGUAUAUAAACCUUAACCCAUUCAAUACCAGACAGUCCUUAAACCUGUAAAUGCAUCUAGUUAGAAUAUUAUCUGGUGUUUAAUGAGUUAAGCAUGAACAUUUAUAGGAAAAUUUGCUACGAUAGAAGAGAAAGGUAAUCCUAAUUGAUUCAUUGCAUUCAUAUGUACAUUUCUAUUUCAUGAAAAACAAUAAAUGGAAGUAUUUGUUGUGCGAGGACAGAUGUUAUCGAGUUCCACUAUAUAUUUGUGCUCCUGUAUGUUUAUUGCGAAGUGCAUGUACAGAAUCACAUCCCCCAAAUAAUUUAGAAUGUCGUUCUCGUAUGUCUGUCAGGAUAUGAUUUAAAUUGAUAGAACUAAUAUAUUCCUGUGGUAAAACAGUUUUUAAACUCAUUUUGGGGAGGAAAGAAGACAGAUUUAUAAUGAAUUCAAUCAAGGAGUAAGGAUUACUUUCCUUAUUCUUUUAUAAUUCUUUUAUAAGUGUAUCAAGAUUUGUUUUCCUUGUACCAAUGAAAUGGAUGUUAUUAUAUAAUAUAUGCAUAUUGUUGCACAAUAAUUGUUUUAUAUCAUAACUGUUCCAUGAAUUGUAAAAUGUCUGUAGAUGUUGUUAAGUAGUCCUUUUUCCUCUUUCUAUGUGUAUAUGAAAUUUAGUCAAUGUGAGAACAUACUUAUGUAGAUGAACUUUCUCAGAAAGGAUUAAAAUUUAAAAAAAGCUGUACAAUAAA